AUUUCACACAACACACCACCCCACCAUACCACCAUACCACCAUACCCACCCCAAAGCGAAAGCACCCAAGAACAGCGAGACAAGACAAAACCAACAAUGACAACAGAACCAUCCACCACCGAUCCUACUCCGACAGUCCCGGGCUCGGACCUCUUCCACAAUACCCUCCCCCGCAUCACCAUCAAAUACUGCACCCAAUGUAAAUGGUUGCUGCGUGCUGCAUAUUUCGCCCAAGAACUCCUCUCCACAUUCAAUACCCAACUCGGCGAAGUCGCGCUCGUCCCGGCCACGGGGGGGAUCUUUACCGUGACGAUAUAUCAUCAUCCCUCUUCUGCCUCGACCACUACCUCAACUGAGGACGAUUCCGGGGAAAGGAAAGCAAAAGGCAUAACGGCGACGAUUCUCUGGGAUAGGAAGACGAAUGGCGGGUUUCCGGAAACCAAGGUGCUCAAGGGUCUGGUGAGGAAUGUGGUGGAUCCCGGGAGGGAUCUGGGACAUACGGAUCGGGCGUUGAGAGCGAGUGCCAGCAAGGAGCAGGAGAAGAAGCAGGAGAGUCAAGGUCAGAAGGAGCAGAAUCAGAAUCAAGCUCCCAAGGAAGAAAAAGAAAAGUGUGAGGAAUGUCAAUAAUCGAUAUGUAUAUCAAGCACAAGAUGUAUACUAUUGAAGAUAAUCAAUUCACAUAGACAAUGCAAAC